AUGGAAGAAAGUUCCAGCGUUCCUGAGAGUUUUAACUUCCGAGAUAGUUAUUUUGAGGAUGCGAAUCCCCAACCAUCUGCGGAUGUGUUUUCCCAGGAAAUCAUUGAGACAGUGAAUGUCUUGGUGAAUGACGAAUUAAAUGUAGGCGCUUAUACACUUGAUCUGGUUACGCUCCCAAAGUCAGCUUCGGAGGUAGUCAAGUUGCCAACGCUAGAAUCUAAUAGAUUCUUGUGCGAUCUGCGUAUUGACAAGAUCAAGCAGAUAUGCGUACUUGUCACAGAGGACGAGUAUGUCGCCGAUAUUCUGUCGGCACAAGUGUUUGCUGAGAACGAACGGGUUCUCAGUAGCUCAUCUAUGGACGAGAGUGUCCUCGAUGAGAAGACUCGGAUUGAGCGAUACACGUCUCAAUCUUGGGAGUCUUUCAAGGCAAAUCCUUUGUAUAAGGAUUUGGUUGAAUUCUGGGAUGUUUUCCAGGUAUCCGUGCCAUGCGAGCUGCCCAAGGACAAAGGCACUCGGCAUGAGAUUGAACUGAAACCCGGUAUGAAAUACUGUGUCAUGAAGCAGUGGCCACUGCCCCGUGAACGAGUAACAGCGAUAGACAAAUUCUUUGCCGAUCGUUUGGUGGCUGGUCAUGUGAGGGAAACAACAUCCCCAGCUCUUCGACCUUCUGUGUGCGAAAGGCCACCGGAGGGUGGCGGAUAG